CAAUUGACAAAUAGAUUUGUCACUACUGUCACUAGUCACUAUUAUUAUUUAUUAUCAACAAUUUUAUGAAAAAGUAAACAAUGGAGAAAAACUUGGAAGAUGUUAUGGACGAAAUUUUGGUUCAUCCAGAUGUAUUUGGGUGCCUAUUCGCGGAUCAACGAGGAUUGUGUAUUGCAGCCAAAGGUAAAGCAUCCAAAGACACUGCUGGAUAUAUAACAGCUAUAGCUCAUCAGGCAGCAAAACUAGAACCUAAUAGCAAAAUGCCAGUCAUAACUCUGGAAAGUGAGAACCAAAUGUGUAUUAUUCAAAAUACCGGAUCUAUUACUGGAGCUAUUUAUAAAAGAACAUAGUAGAAUGAAAUCUAUAAAAGUUUGUUAAAUAUUUAUACCACUACACUAGGUAUGUUGUUAUGAAUUUCUCAUUCAAUCUGUUUCUCUUUCAUUUUUAUAAACUGAUAAAUAUUAUGUUAUGUGUGAGACAUAUCAUCAGACCUGAUUUUUCUCUGAACCUUCACCAUAAAAAAUAAUUUAUAAUUGUAAAAAAAAUAUGUACUUUUAUAGAUAGACUUUAUUAAGAAUUAAAUUAUAUAUAGAAAAUAUUUUUUAUCACAAAUAUACCUAUAAUAAUA